CAGGUCAGACAGUUUGUGUAUUAACCAUCCGCCCCUUUUUUCUCAGACUCAUGAACACAUCAUCUUUGCUGCUCUCUGCUCUUUUGUUCGCUUCCUCGCGGGAUCUUUGCGUUUGGAAACUUUGGAGGUUCAGUUUUGCUGCAUGCGUAACUGUGCAAAAGCAGCUUUUUUUGUAGUUUCUGCAGCACAGAUGUUUCCAGUUUGGCCUCCUUCUACUCCUCUGUCUGCCUCGUCUGGAUCUUCCCACAUUCCGGUGCCUAAGGAGAACAAGAGGACGGAGACAAACAUGCUGAACACGUCAGUAAGAGUGAUACACGCAAAGUCAAUCUAAGUUUAUUUUCUCCUAAAGUAACUUUCCAGCCCGUGAGAGCACAGCAACACAUGCCCGAUCCCUAGUAAACAACAGCUGGGAUGUAUUUUUAUAAACAAUCCAUCAGGCUCGAGGUGCAACUCGACAAUGCAGCUGAGAGGAGGAAAGAAAAUCGCCACAUUUUUUCACCAAAUCCUGCAGAGUGAUCUGCAAAACCAAAUCGAGCUCCAGGUAUCGGCGCCAACGGCUGUCUGAAAAGCUUCCAAUGCAUUGCUGCUCUAACUUCAGCCUUCAGAAGAUGCUGAGGAGGAUGUUGACGAUGAGGAGGAUCUUCCACGUGAAGGCAGAUGUGAUGUGCACAGUUCUGCUGCUGAUGCUGUUCUGUCUACUGCUCUACGUCCACCAGGUUGUGCUCUCCUCUGGAUGGGACAAGCCGAUGUGGAAGCUGGAGAUUCACGGUUCUACUAGCUCCAGUCGGACUCUGCUGGGAGCCAGUGGGGCUAAAGUGAACCAGGAGUCUCAAGGGUCCCCAUCCAGCCAUCCAGAGCCACAGCUGCCUCCCUGCAAGCCUCAACCCAAGUCUAAACCCCCUCAGUCCAAAUCCAAAUCUCAGUCCAAGUCCAGGACCAAAUCCAAGCUUCGAAAGAAGAACGCGACGCCAACCCAGACUCCUGGCAAGCCGCUACCGACAAUGCCACCGUUUGACUUUGAACGCUACCUGAGAGAAAAAGACAACCGAAACUUCAAGCUGCUCAUAGACCAGCCGGAGAAAUGUCAUGUCGGAGAAGCAGAGGAAGAAGAAGGAUCUAAGAAAGCUCCCUACAUGCUCAUUGCGGUGAAAUCUGUAGCUGCAGAUUUUGAUAAGCGUCAGGUUGUCCGUCGGACUUGGGGUAAGGAGGGACAAUUCCAAAACGGCGUGUCCAUCCGUACGGUUUUCCUGCUCGGGGUUCCCAGGAAUCAAUCUGCUCUGCCUCUGUGGGAUCGACUUCUGGGGUACGAGAGUCAAACCUUUCGGGACAUCCUGCUGUGGGACUUUGAAGACACUUUCUUCAACCUGACGCUAAAGGAAACUCACUUUCUGGAAUGGGUCAACAGCAGCUGCCCCCAUGUCAAGUUCAUCUUCAAAGGCGAUGCUGAUGUGUAUGUUAACAUAGAAAACAUACUAGAGAUGCUGCAGGGUCAAAAGCCAGAAGAGGAUCUGUUUGUUGGUGAUAUUAUUAUUCAUGCUAAGCCCAUUCGCCGCCGCACCUCUAAGUACUUUGUGCCAGAGUUCGUCUAUGGAGGCGGUUUGUACCCGAAUUACGCAGGAGGAGGAGGGUUUGUGAUGUCCGGACACACAGCUCGGAGGCUCAGCUCUGCCUGCCAUCAGGUGGAGUUGUUCCCAAUCGAUGACGUCUUCCUGGGAAUGUGCCUCCAGCUGAUUGGCGUCAAACCGUCUCGCCAUCAGGGCUUUCGGACCUUCGGCAUCCCCCGGCCCUCUGCGGCUCCUCACCUCCAGACGUUCGACCCCUGCUUCUACAGAGAGCUCAUGGUGGUUCACAGCCUCAGCGUCCCUCAGAUCUGGCUGAUGUGGAACCUCCUGCACGACCCCAAACUGAGCUGCCACAACAGCACCAACCCGACGUCUGGGCCCUUCAAAUGGAGGGGGAGGACGGGUGAGGCGGUGGGGGAGGAGGCGGACUACGGUGGGAAGCAGGUGUUUGUCACACAUUAGUGAUUUUCUCCAGGCCCCAGUGGGAUCUUUAUAAGACUUGGCAAGUCCAAAAUGGUCAUACUGCAGGGAUUUUGGCCCAUUCUGAAAGGCUUAUGAUGUGUUCAAAAGUAUGGUUGAGUCAUACGUGACUGUCUAAGCUGGCAGAUUGUCUCGGGGGGAAAUGAACUGGCGAAAUGUGCUUCAGAUUUUUUGGUAAGGAAGCCUGAAGAGAGUUUAGCUGUCUGCCAUCGGUGCCCCAUCUGUCUUUUCACACUGUGCCUGUGGACAAACAAAAUUCUGGUUUGCAAAAAAGACUGUGAGAUGAGUUUUUGAGUGUAUUGUGUUGCAGUUGUUUACACGGAGACCAGCAAGAGCGACAUGACAUAAGAAAUGUGGUUAGCUGGUUUAGCCUCAUUCAACAUCUGUGUAUCUGAGAUCACAAUAUUCUGGCUUUCUGGACUGGAUGAGACCGAACACAAUAGAGACUAUUGGUGAAUUGCUAGCAAAGAUGUUCCUCUCUUCCCUGUUCUGCCGGAUAAAAGCACAAAUGGACAGUUGCAUUAUCUGUUCCCUGGGGGAACAACAAAUGAAUUCUAAAUGGAAACCAUCUGCACAGAGGGAACCAACUGGGACCAUGGUGAACACAUGCCACACAAACACCGAGAAAACCUCUGCAGAAUGUCGGUCGUUUUCAUGUGAUCACUCUGGAAUUGCUUUGAUUUAUUUUGUACAAUUCUGCGUUUAUCUCUCAUCUGUUCUCACAUCUGUCAGUGUUAAAAAUGCUGCGAGGCAGAUUCAUAUUAAGCUGCAUUCCAACACAACCAUUGCUCACAGAUUUAGACGGAUCGCGUUUGUGUCUGUUGGAAUAAUUGUUGAACAGCGUCAUGUUCUCUGAGCUUGUGCCUAUUUUUGCCAUGUUGGCCCAUGACUGAAAUAUCUCAACUGGAUGGAUUGCCAUUAAAUUUGGUGUUGAGAAGGUG